AUGAGCUCCAUUUUGGGUUCGGCGUACCCUCGCAACGAAAUGAUUGCGGCAGUGCACGAAUUUUACGCUGCAAUCAUCAAGCCUCCAUAUAUCGAUCCGAACGCUCUCAUUCUACCACCCGCAGGAGGAUGGUUGGGGGUGAAUGAAGACGAAUUGCGGAAAAGGGGCAAGACUGACGAAGUAAUUGACCUGUUACGCCACUUACCCUAUUUGGUAACCGGGGAGCUAGAGACGCAUGGAUGUUGUCGCCCGAUACCUGUUCGAUUGCGUACUGCGAUGGUGAGCUGUACGAUUAUUGGAUCGAUGAGAUACAGCCCACGCCGCCUCAUUGUAUAUGGCUUACACAUGCGAUGGCAUCGAUUUGCUGCUAGAUACUCACAUCGGUACCAUCACAUCACCGAGUGGGCUAUGCUAGGUCAAGGGUGCAUGAUUGGCUACGAGAAGUACGAGCAGCUCCCAGUAGCUAAUAAGUGGAUGGCGUUUCGAACGUAUCCUACUCCGGAUCUCUUCCGACUCUGGCGAGCUAAGUGGGAAAAAUUACUGUGGCUGCCGAUCCCCAGUUCUAGUGGUGGUAGGCGCACGACCAUGUGUACCGGGAAUGAGGUAGAAAGUGAAGAUGGCGAAGAUGAGGUCGCUCUUUUGGAUGCGGAAGUCGAUGAUAUACUCAAAGACGUUUUUGGCAAGGAAGCGGAGGAUAUGCGAGCAAGAUUUACAGCACAACAAGGCCCUUGCCCAGCUGAACUAACCCCUCGCCCACCGCCACCAGAUAUGCGUCAAGAACGUGAGAAACGCUGCGAGCAGCAAGCUAAGGAAAUAUAUAAGAUCUACAAGGAAAAUGGUUGGCUAUCCCAAUUUGAUCGUGAAAAGUACUUGAGGAGUAUCGCCAGGCAAUGCGCUCAUAAAGAAUCAUGCCUCGUUGCGAUUUCUGCCUUAAGAUGUACGAUUGAAUCGAUAUAUGACUGGUCAUCUACCGUCUCGGACUUGCUUUCGGACAGCCGGGAUGGCUAGCUGCUUAGGCGUCCCUGGUAUGUGCGUAUAUGUGCCUGUCGGAUAGGUAUACUCCCUCUCGGUCU